AUGGCUGUCAACAUGAACGGCCCGAUGGCGCGUCCCGGCCCAUCACAUCACACUAAGGUGCACAACAGGAAGGAGGAAUGGGAGGAUUGGUCCGACAAUGAGCCAUUCACCCCGAUUCAAGAGGAGGAUGGCGAGCUCACUCCCCUCACUCCGACCUUCAGCAGCCCUUACAGCACCAACAACAACUAUACGACGAAACCGUCAACACAACGCACAUCGUUCUCGACGGCUCGCCAUUCCAUGCAGAAAAUCAGGCGUAUGAAGUCCCGUCAGAGACAAAAGGCACAGAAUGCCAACCUUGGCAUCAAGGUGAUUACAGAUAUGACCAAGCUGAGGCAGCAGCAAUUACAACAACAGUUAGCCCACCAGGAGGCCCUGAACAAAGGAAAGGGAUCCAGCGAAAAGGGAAAGUUUGUGGACGCGGCUGCCCUGAACGCACUAGAAGGAAUGGCUUCUGACGAAUCUAUCGGGACUUUUGCUUGGCUAAGGAAGAAGAGGACCAGUCCAGCUUCCGCUACUCCCAUCGAGAGGAGGAUGGAUCGGCUUGCGGUAGACACACCUACCUCGGCCGAGCUUUCACCAAGUGUUGGCGGUAUCAUGAUCGGGUUCGCCAUGCCCUCAGACUCGAAUGUCGUCAUCAGUCCACAAACUGCCGUCGUUGAUACACCGGUCGACUUCGACAAGUACUUCUCUCCGCCUCCCACAGGAAAACUACCCGUCUCAGUCUGGUCACCAGACACUCCGGAUUCCCAAUGCACCAUCAACUCGUAUAGGACAGCAGGUCCCAGUGCUGGCACGGUGCCGGCUGUCCCUGCGGUGCCCAACAAGUAUAGAGAUACCCGCGCGACGGAAUUCUAUCUCAGCGACAAUGAAGAUGAUCUACUCACUCCAAUGGGUUAUGGAAAACCGCGCCCACCCAGAGUUACGACCACAGCCUAUUUCAGCGACGAGGAUGACGACAUGGCGACACCGGUUACUCUGUUCGAGGAGGAUGGAAGUCCCGUGGCAACGCGACAGAGGUCCAUCAUCAAAGCAAAGAGCCCUGUGUCUGCGACAUUAACCGCACGGUCACAACAAGGCUGGUGGGAUCAGAUUACUUCGCCAUUCACACAAAGCCCGGUAAUGUCAAAGACCCCUGUUGCUAGCAUUCGAGAGGAGGACGACAAACAGGAGUGGUGGAAGACGGGCAACAACAAUGGGUCUUUGUCUCCCAACAACAAUGCCCUUGCUCAGGGGUCCACGGGAAGUGCCGUGAGGGCCAAUCGACCUCCCAUGAUAGUUAUUGAGGAUGUCUCGCAAGUAGAGGCCUCUUCUUCCUCUUCUUACAACCCGUUUGCGACAUCGUCAACAGUGAUAGCAUCUUCUUCCUCAGCAGCAGCGAUGCCGACAACAGCACCGAUGGCUCAACAACCGCAAUCAUAUGCCGAGAAAGCACGCAUAUUGAUCGAGGAGAACGAACCGACGGCCGCAGAAUUGCCUCCCCCGUACUCGCCCCCGAAGAAGAACCAAAGUGCCCGGAAUGUCCAGACCGCCGAGAAUAUCCGAUAUCGAGCAGUCUUUCCUUCCACUCAUCCGCUGAACUCCAUGUACCCGCCGUCUCCAGGCCCAGUUUCUCCUGGUCUGGCACAGACGAUGACCUCACAAGGCGCGAUCGACUUGCCCCAUGUUCCUGCAAGGCCGCCUCCAGCCAGACCUGCGGUCCACCAUAGGGAAUUCCCAGCGCCGCCGCUCCGUGCCUUCGCACCCGCUACUCAAAGGCUGAAGGCCGAAGAAAAACGGUGCCGCAAUGAGAAGGAGGACGCCAUGGCACGCAAGGAUCCGCGCUUCUGGAGUUGUGCUCUGCCUAAAGACCAGACUGCCCAGGCGGAACCUUUUGCUGCCGAUCAGCCCAAUUUCAUUAUCCAGAUCCAAUACGACAACAGCACACAACAAGCGUGGAAUGUCACAGGCCAGGCAAUCCCUACGCCUACUCCCACUAAGGAUGCUGAAGCCUCUGCUUCACCGUCCCAAACUGGGAGCAUCAAAAGCUCCGUUACUAAUGGUACCGAAGCAAAUCAGACGAGGGGACAACGCCCACAAUCGGGCGGUGAACCGAUGGGCUUCAUCUCGGUUUUCAAGAGACUUUUGGGUCGUCAGAUCCAGCAAACUCCCAGCGCUGGGUUUAUUCCGCGCCCAUCUCCGCCCGAAUUUCAAGAUAUGUACUUCCUGGGAAACAACACGGAUGGUAUUGUGUCGGCAGGCAAAGCCGGAGAACCGACUCCGUUCUACAUCAGCAUUCUUCGCACUCUCGAUGGUUCGGUUGGGCCCAGCAUGCUCGCCCGUCGCGACCCUGAAGUUGAUUCUGCCUCCAAUCAGCUCAACAGGCGGCAAUCCAAUGGCGCCAUCGAUCUUUCCUUUAUCCCACCAGUCUUGAAUCCCGACGGAACCGGGGCUCCAGCCUUGCUCAUGCCCUUCCCUACGCAGCAGCCUCUCCGCCUCUUCGACCGCGGGUUGCCGACCGAGCACUUUGGCUUUUACACCUACUUCAACAAGACCGUCUACAUCAGCGGCGACGCCUCGUCCGACCGCGUCGGCGGCUCCACCGCCUCCGACUCCAAGUUCGUCAUCACCUGGCUCUCGGCGCGCUACAAAGUGGAAAUCUGGACGGGGCAGGUGAACGCAACCCGCCUGCUUGGGUCGCAAUCCAACGGCGGGGCUGCGAGCAACAACAGCACGCGCCCGGGUUCUUUCCCAUACCCCGUCACAGUCACGCUGGAUACCCAUGGUGGGAUCCCGGGACGCAAGUUUGCGUUUAGUCGCGGGGUCGCAGCUGGGGGCAAAAUCUUGAUGAACGAUACCAAGUUUAUUCUGAAUAACAUGAACCAGACGGGUGAUUGGAUCAAUCCCGGCGCGACGUUCAAUCCGAGUUUUGGCGGUAUGGAUGGAGGUACAGGAGGUUGUCAGUGCAGGUAUACCAACUGGGUGAAGUUGAAUGCAGGCGAUGCUUGA